AUGGCUCUAGAAGACCUCUGUGGUCUGCAGGCCCUGGGGGGGUCUCUGAGGGGGUCUCUGGGGGGUUUCACUCCAGAUUUGGGUCCCAUGGGGUCUCCCACAGAGAAGAGAAGGGGCCGUUACGCCGGCGACGUGCCUCUGAGCAGCACCGCUAGUGUCUUAAGCUUCUCCGUUCCAGUGGGCCGGUAUCUGGACCGCAGCCCCAUCGACUUCGGACAGACGGCGCCCGACUCCGUCCCCGCGCCCGACGCGUCCGGGUGGUCCGCUGGCGGUCCGGGCGGGCCGGACUCCGCCCCCGGCGCCGGGCCGGACUCUGCCCCUGGCGCCGUGCCCCUCCCCUUCCCCACGGCCCACGGGACCACCACGCUGGGCUUCCUGUUCCAGGGCGGCGUGCUGGCGGCGGCCGACACGCGGUCCAGCUGCUCCGGCCUGGUGGCGUGCCCCGCCUCCCGGAAGGUUGUGCCGCUGCACCGCCACCUGCUGGCCCUCGGCUCCGGCACCUCGGCUGACAUCGCCCUGUGGCGCCGCAUCCUGGCCCGCGAGCUGCGGCUGUACCAGCUGCGGCACGGCCGGAGGCUCACCACCGGGGGCGCCGCCAAGCUGCUGGCCCUCAUGCUGCACCCCUUCAAGGGCACCGAGCUGUGCGUGGCCGCCACGCUCUGCGGGUGGGACGGGGGCGGGGCCGACGGGGGGGAGGCCCCGGCGAGGGCGGGGCCCCCGGGCGGCGGGGCGGGGACCUCAAGGGGCGGGGCCAGGCUGUACUACGUGUGCAGUGACGGGAAGCGCCUGCGGGGGGAGCUGUUCUCGGUGGGCUCCGGGUCGCCCUACGCCUACUCGGUCCUGGAUGAGGAGGUGCGCUGGGGCCUCUCGGUGGAGCAGGCCGCGCGGGCCGGCCGCGAGGCCGUCUACAGGGCCUCGCGGCGGGACGCGUACUCAGGGAACUGCGUGGACGUGUUCCUGGUCACGGCCCGGGGCUGGAGCCGGCGGCCGCGGGAGGACCUGGGGGAGGAGUACUACCGGGAGCAGGAGGGGCUGGAGGAGGGCCUGAGGAGGAGGAGGGAGGAGGAGGUUCGUUCGCACCAAACAAAGACAUGA